AUGACCGACGUCGUGUCCGAAAACCAGGCUUAUUUUGGCAAGAUCGCCACCGAAUAUGACCAGCGCAAUGCGGAUGCGAUUGUGCAGCUAGAGCGCGGCAUCCGAGAGAGGAUUCCAUUCAUUGGUGUCAAGCAAGAUGCGAGGUUGCUAGACUACGCUUGUGGCACCGGCAUGCUUUCGAGGGUCUUAGCACAGCAUACAAGUGAGGCUAUAGGCAUUGACUUGUCGGAGGAAAUGGUCAGGGUAUACAACGCCCAGGCUCAAAGCCAUGGCUCUUCCUGCCAAGCCUACCAAGGCAAUCUGGCUGAUCCUAAGGACCCCUCCCCAACAGCCUUUGCUGAUAGCAAGUUCUUCGGAUUCGACGUUGCAGGCGUGGGGCUCGGAUUCCACCACUUUGACAAGCCCGAUCUAGCAUCCAAGCAAUUGGCCGAGCGCCUCAACCCAGGCGGUGUCCUCUUCAUCAUUGACUUUGUUGCCCACAAGAUAGACCCCAAGGAUGCCGCUCUGCGUGGUAUAACACAUCAUGGGUUUAUUGAGGAUGAGAUCAAGAAGAUGUUUGAGGAUGCUGGACUCACAGACUUUGCUUACCAAGAGCUCCCGGAACCUAUCACAUUCAAGGAUUGUCACGGCCACGAUCAUAGCCACGGGCAUGGUCAUAGUCAUGGCCAUGAUCAUAAUCACGAGCACAAUGAGGACAACCGAAGCAGCAGUGGCGAACAUGUUCAAGGCCACGGGAUGAAGAAGGGCUCAACUACGACUAAGAGGAUAUUCAUUGCCAGAGCGUUCAAGCCAUAA